UGUGGGACGUGAUCGUCAGGAUGGACUACGGCUACCUGAACCAGGCGGGAGCAUUCGAGUCGUGCAUGGGCGCUGGCAUGGAGUCGUGCCAGCUGUCCUGCUCGUACGCGGAACUGGGUCCUCCCACGGGUUAUAGGUACACGUCCCCCGUGCCCAGAUCCUUCUCGGCGCCUCCGACGUCCGCGCCUGCGUGCGGGGCUGCGGGCCUCAUCGCCCGUGGCGUCCGUCCCGACCCGACCCAAGCGCAGCACCACCACCCGCCGCCACCACCUCCGCCCGUCUUCUCUGCUGCGGCCGCCGCCAUACAGAAGGCGGACGUGUGGCCCCGGGCGGAUCGGUUGCCCGACUGGAGUCCGGAACGCGAGCGAAGUGCUGCGGCGGCGGCGGCGAGACAGGUGUCCUGGUUCGGGCAAGGUGCCCUUCCCUACAAAGUGUACACAACGGCAGGAACCCCCGAAGGUGUUCUCACAGAGAAGAGGAAGCAGCGGCGGAUUCGAACCACUUUCACUUCGGCGCAACUCAAAGAGCUGGAAAGGGCAUUUCAGGAGACACAUUACCCUGACAUCUACACUAGGGAGGAAAUAGCUAUGAAAACGGAUCUCACGGAGGCCAGAGUUCAAGUGUGGUUCCAGAACCGUCGGGCCAAGUUCCGCAAACAGGAGCGCUUGAACCAACAGAAGCAGACGUCCACGUCGACAUCAUCGAGCGGAGAUGCUGGAGUUACAACGUCGCCUAUCAGUACAACAGCCGACUCGACGACAAACGCGUCGCCAAAGGACUCCAAAGACGUCAAGAUCCUUCUACAUCAGGACGUAAAACACCUUAACGGCAAGGUACCAGCCGACAGCCCAUGUAGCCAAGUAACCAGUGGCAAGUGGAGCAGUAAUACCAGUUCCUGCGCCCAGCCGUCCUGUCUGGGCCCAUAUCCGUACGGUGGGCUGCCAUCCGUCGAUACCAAACCCAACCUUUCACCGCAGAUUUUCUGAAGGCGUUGAUCCCACAGGAGGACCAACAGCAACCACAGACUUAUUUGAAGUGUUGCGAACAACUCUCUCGGUGCUUCGAUAGAAACAGUGACUUGAGACUUGCUUGAUGAACGGUGUGCCAUCCGAGCCAUACAUUCCUGAAGACGCGCCAAAUGGAUCGUCGCUGUGCCGAAAGAUAUGAACUCCGUACGAUUUUGGCGCUUGCCGAAUAUUCUAUAGCGUGUAAACCACGAUGAUGCUUCA